AUGGUGCUUACGGACAAGCAGCGCCAAGACCUUCAUCAAGCCAUGCUUGACUACCUCGUAGGCAUGGGCGAACGCUUUGCCGGCACGGCCACCGCUUUUGAAAAUGAGGCUGAUGUGACCAAAUCUUGCGAUGGCAAACAUGCUGGUUUGCUCGAAAAAAAAUGGACAUCUGUCAUCCGUUUGCAGCGUAAAGUCAUGGAGCUCGAAACGAAGCUGGCACAACUUGAGGAAAAUGCCAAAUUGGGUGGUGUUCUCAGUCGCCGAGAUAUGCUGGGCGCUCGUCAGCGUACCGAGUUCUUGCCGCGUGCACCUGCCAAGCUCUCGCUAACGGGACAUCGUUCGCCAAUCACGUGCGCUUGCUUUCACCCCAUCUUCAGCGUGCUUGUAUCUGGCAGCGAGGAUGCUACUGUCAAGGUCUGGGAUUUCGAGACAGGCGAAUACGAGCGUACGUUAAAAGGCCACACCAACCCCGUGCAAGCCUUAGCUUUUAAUGAUUCCGGAUCAUUGCUGGCAUCCACAUCCACGGAUCUGUCCAUCAAGAUCUGGGACUUUUCGAGCGAUGGUGACUACGAGUGUUUGAGGACUCUACGCGGACACGAUCACAAUGUUUGCGGUGUAGUAUUUGGUCCCGACCUCGCAAGCGACCGAUUGUACUCGUGCUCUCGUGAUAAUACUAUCAAAGUGUGGGAACUUUCCACAGGUUACUGUGUCAAUACUCUAAACGCGGGACAUUCCGACUGGGUGCGCGACGUGGCAGUAAGUCACGAUGGACUGUAUUUGGCUUCAUGUGGCAACGAUAGAUCAAUUCUUUUGUGGGACCUGCAGCACAUGCGGGUAUUGCAGUCAAUUCGCGAGCACGAACACGUCGUCGAAAGCGUAGUUUUUGCCAAGCUAGGGCAGGAGCACGUCAUUGAAAAAAUCCACGCUAAGAAACUUGCGGCUGCAGGUGUAUUUAGUCCAGCAAAUGGAGGCACCUCACCUCAAUCCAGUAGCCACGCCAUGUCUGAUAGUACAGCGGGAGAGCCUACUGGUGCUGUUGCGGUCUCCAGUGUACCCACCAUCCGUCGCAUGAAAUUUUUGUUGUCUGGAUCUCGUGAUCGCACAGUACGUCUUUGGGAAGCUUUUAGCGGCGUGCAGCUGAUGAUUUUUGCGAAUCAUGAGAAUUGGGUGCGUGAAGUUCGAUUUCAUCCAAGCGGCAAGUACGCUCUCAGUGCCGGUGAAGAUAAAACUAUACGCGUUUAUGACAUUGAAAGUGGUCGCUGUGUGCGGACGCUGGAUGAGGCUCACAGCCACUUUGUGACGUGUCUAGAUGUUCACCCGAGUCUCCCUCUGAUUGUUUCGGGUGGCAUCGAUAAAAUUAUCAACGUGUGGGAAUGUAUGUGA